UUAGCGGAGAUACCAGACAGCAUGGAGACGGGCGCCCAGCUCAGAAGACAAUGCGAAGUCGCCAUGUGCUGCAGGAUCAUCCUGGGACUUCCCUCUUCCCUCCUCAUCAGGCCGUACACCGACAGAGGCCGCACUACGCUGAAGCCUGAUGACUUCUUUCAGUUUGUCAGCCAGCAUCUGAAAAACAUCAGCCAGCGAGGAUGUGCUCUGCCUUAUGACCUCACCGCCCACUUCUUCAGGGGAUUGUUGAGCUCCAGCGCUCAGUGUGAGGAUCCAGAAGAAGCUGUGAAUUCUGUUCUCACCGCCGCCUAUACACACUGCCCCAUUGUGAUGACCUCUGCUGCGGUACGUCCCUUCCACCCUCGUCACAGUCCAUAGAAGUAGUAGGUCCAGUAAAUUCAU